ACUAACAUGGAUUUUCAGAAAUCCACCUUGGAAACAGAAUUUUGCAUUGCCAUGGGUGAAACUGCACAUCAUCUACGCACCAUCGUUGGGCUUUGGCUUAGGGGAAAAGGCUUCCAUCAUGGCUUGCUGCUUCAGACUCCACAGAAAGGAAAGCGAAGAAGGGGAAAGCUUCCCAGCACAAAGACCAGCUCUCCCGGCUGAGGGAGCGAGAUCCAGAAUUCUACAAAUUCCUGGAAGAAAAUGACCGCACGUUACUUAAUUUUGAUGACUCCGACAGCUCUGAUGAGGGAGAGGAACUUCACACGUUGCCUGACAAACUGGAGGAAGCAAGUGAUGAUGAUGACGACGAUGGAGAAGAAACAUUGGCCAAACGGAAAAAAGUUGAAUUCAUCUCUGUGACAUUGAAGAUGGUGGAACAUUGGAAAAGAGCUGCAGAGAAGCAACUGACUCCUAAGCUCUUCCACGAGAUCACCCAAGCUUUCAAGGCCUGCGUGGUGACAGCCAAAGGAGAAGCUGUUGGGUCGGAUCCUGCCAAAUUCAAAGUCACAGACAGCGCAGUGUUCAACACUCUCAUGUCCUUCUGUGUCCGCGACCUCUUUGCCUUGCUCCAGAAACUGCUUCAGGUCAAACCUGCAAAAAACAAAUCCAAGAUGGUGUUGCCUUCCUCCAGCCCACUCUGGAGCAAGCUUCGUCUGGACAUCAAAAUGCACCUUGGCUGCACUAUCCAGCUCCUGUCCUGUUUAACAGAAGCCUCCGUGGGAGCCGCCGUCCUCCAGCACGUCAACUCCAUCGUGCCUUAUUACUUGGCUUUCCCAAAGCAGUGCCGCAUGUUGCUCAAGCAAGCCACCCAUCUCUGGAGCACAGGCGAGGAGACGGCGAGGGUGUUGGCAUUUUUGGUGCUUAACAAAAUCUGCCGGCACAAGAAGGAUGUCUACUUGAGCCCGGUCCUCAAGCAAAUGUACAUCUCCUAUGUGAAGAACUCCAGAUUCACCUCCCCCAACGCGCUGCCCAUGAUAAACUUUAUGCAGCGGACACUGACGGAGAUGUGUGCCCUCGACACUCAGGUCGCCUACCAGCAUGCCUUCAUCUACAUCCGGCAGCUGGCCAUUCACCUGCGCAGCGCCAUGACCAUGAAGAAGAAGGAAAACUACCAGUCAGUUUACAACUGGCAGUACAUCCACUGCCUCUACUUCUGGUGUCGGCUGCUGAGCACCCUCCAUCCGAACGAGGUCCUGGAGCCUUUGAUCUACCCUCUGACCCAAGUCAUCAUUGGCUGCAUUAAGCUGGUGCCCACCACUCGUUUCUACCCCCUGCGCAUGCACUGUGUCCGGGCCCUCACCCUCCUGUCGGAGAACACGCGGACGUUCAUCCCCGUCCUGCCCUUUGUCCUGGAGAUUUUCCAACAGGUGGACUUCAACAAGAAACCCGGCCGAAUGAGCUCCAAGCCCAUGAACUUUGCUGUGAUCUUGAAGCUCUCCAACACCAGCUUGCAGGAAAAAGCCUUUCGGGACGGCCUCAUUGAACAACUGUAUGACCUGAUUUUGGAGUAUCUCCACAGCCACGCCUACACGAUCGGUUUUCCGGAACUGGCUCUUCCCACCAUCCUUCAGCUCAAGGCCUUCCUGAAGGAAUGCAGGGUUGCCAACUACUGCAAGACGAUCCGUCAGCUCUUGGAGAAGCUGCAGGAAAACUCCGUCUACAUCACCAGCAAGCGCCAGAAAGCUGCCUUUGGUGUUGCCAACUGGGAGGCUGUGGAACAAUGGGAGAAGAAGGUCCGGGAAGAAGGGACUCCGCUGAUGACGUAUUACGUGCACUGGAAGAAGCUGAGGGAAAAGGAGAUCCAGCUGGAGAUCAGCGGCAAAGAGCGGCUAGAUGACCUGAACUUCCCUGAAAUCAAGCGGAAGAAGCCAGGAGAGUGGAAAGAGGAUGAUAAGAAGGAGUUCAAGGACCUUUUCGAGCUGGACAGUGACGACUCCGAGGAGGCUGGCGGCCUGUCUGCCAAAGGGAAACCAAAGGCCAGGAGAUCGGAGGACGGUCUAGAUAGUGAUUCUGGUGGCAGCAGCCAAGACAGCGGCGAUGAGGACGAAGGAGAGUAUGAAGUGGAGGACGAUGACAGCGACGGCGGAGAGGAGAACUCCAGUGAUUCUGAUGGGGGAGGCGGAGGGGCCAAGCGCAAGGGCGCCCGGAGGAGGAAGCAGCUGUCUCCGGCGGAGCUGCAGCAGCUGGCGCAGGGGCCGGAGGACGUGGUGGGAGACCUGGACUUCUCCGAUGACGACUGACAGCAGCGGCAGCGGCGGCCCUUGCCUGUUCCCCUGCGGGAGAGCGCCGGGCUGGUGACUGGAGGAGGGGAGGUAGGAGCCGCAUGGGGCAAGGCCCUGCCGCCGGGGGGAGUUGCUUUGCGCAGGCUGCCACUUGGCAUGUGCAACGGCUCUCCAGCAGCGCUCGAGGCUUUGGCGUUUGUGGCUACGCCGGGGGCCGUAAAGCGGCUCCGGCAAGCUCGUAAAAGGCCCUUGUUACACACACACACACUUUAAAUAACGCAGAGUGGAUGGCGCUGCCCCAGCUCCCAAGUCCCUGCUCUCUUUUUGUCUGGAAAAGCCUCCUGCUGCCUCCCAGCCCCGGUAGGCGCGAGAUUACACGCCAGCCCCUUUCCCAGUGGGCAAGAGCUGGAGGCCCGCAUUUGCAGCCCUCCUGCCGGGCACGGGGGCCGCCUCCCCUGCUCCGUGAAGGGACACGCAAGUCCUGUCUCCCUGCAACUGCUGCUCUGUAAAAAUGUGUCCUACUGUAGAGUAGCAGGAGAAGCCCUUGGGCUUUUGCGUCGCUGUGCAAAAAUAUGUAUUUUGUAUUUUGGUGUAUUUUGUUUGUUUAGAAAUGUCUUUCUCUCUCACACACACACACACACACCCCAGUUCUUGGACUCUCUCUGCUUUUGUGUUUGCUGGUACCCAAGGGCCUGGUUCAGAGUCAUUUGAACCGAGGCUUAAUGAGAGCUGUGUGAAUCGGAAUCAUUUCUAUCAACUCACACUAUUGCACUAAUGUCGGUAACCCACAUUAAUCCUAGUUUUGAAUGACUGUGUGAAGCCCGCUCACACAGUCAUUCAAAACUAGGAUUAAUGUGGGUUACCAACAUUUAGUGCAAUUGUGUGAGCGGGAAGUCCAUACUUGUUUAUUUGUUGUGAAUGUUAAUGUGAAGAUUAUUGUUAAAAUUAAUAAAAAUUUAAUUUUAAAAAAGAAAGAAUGACUGUGUGAAGCAGGCCAUGAGUUGUUUUUCCCCCUCUUCCAAGGAGCUGGCCAUGUGCCCUCUUUUCUGUUACUGCUGGUGGGUAUUCUGCACUCUUGGAAGCGCUUUGCUGGUGCCAAACAGGCCCUCUGCCUUAUUUGCCAGGAGCAAAGGACUCUCUUUUGUGCUCACAUGCUGGGGCAGGGCGGGGUGACGGGUUUUGCGCCAGCAGGCGAAAUCUCUGCUUCAGUACUUGGCGAACCAACUGGCCAAACCUGGUUCCCACCAGCCAGAUGCCAUCAGGUAGAGUGAGGAGGCGGCCAAGGUGG